AUGCAAUUAGAUUACAAAGGUUGUUGUAACUUUUUGGAUACCAGAAGGUUAAACAUCAUAAAUGAAGUCAACAAUAUUUCUUUGAAAGGAAACAGCUUCUCUAGUGCUUUCAAGUCAUAUUUCCAAAGUCAAACUAUUCCAAAUGAGGUUUUGUGGUCACUAGAAUGUUAUAACGAUGUUUACUGCGGUAUAUAUAAUUCUUCUGGGGACCUGUUCUUCACUGCUUCGCAAGAUGGGUUUAUUCGAGUAUUUGAUUCUUCUGGACAUUAUUUUCGUUACAUGAAUGAGAUUAAUGUUCCUGAAUAUACCUGGAGUAUUGUGUCACUCUCUUUAAGCAAUUUGGGGGAUACCCUUGUUUUCUGCAGUUUGUCUCCUAUUCUGUAUUUCACCAGUCUAACCGAUGUGCGUGAUGAGGAGCUAAAUCUCAAACAUGCCGAACUUCAACCUGGUGUAAGAAAUAUAACGAAGACUUUUAGUGUUGAUUUUCUUGGCGGGAGUAGUAAUCAAGUGGUUAGUGGACAUAACAAAGGUAUGGUUUAUGUGACGGAUCUGCAGACAAACAAGUAUGAAUCAUUCGCUGUAAAUCCACGAUCAAAAGCUGAUGUAAAUGCUGUUACUACACUGGAUCGAUCAAGUAAUCUUAUCCUUGCGGGUAGUGAUGAUACAAAUGUUAGACUUUUUGAUAUUCGUGCAUUGAACAAAGGGUGUCAAAGUUUAUUUUCUGGACAUGUGGACGGUAUCACAUAUUUGGAUUCAAAGCGAAUGACUCCUCGUUCUACUUGGGACUAUCGAAUUCAUCCGAUUCCACGUGGAUAUCCCGUACCUUCUAAACAAAAUUCUUCUAAACCUAUUCGAGGUGAUAACUCUGUGCUUACACUUUCUGGACAUAAAGUUCGCAACACGUUAAUUCGAGCACGUUUUUCGCCUGCAUUUAAUACUGAACAAAGAUUUGCUUACUCUGGAAGUGCUUAUGGUAAUUGGUAUAUAUGGGAUUUGUAUUCCGGAAAAGUUGUUAAACAUUAUUCGUGUGAUGGGCAUACAAUACGAGAUAUAAAUUGGCAUCCAUAUGAACAGCAAAUAGUUACCUGUGGUACAACGGGUGAUAUAAGUUGUUGGGUAUAUAAUCGGAAUAAAAUGACACGUUCCAAGAAAAAGUCUCAGAAAAAACAAGAAAGCAAACAUUUAAAUUCUUCUCUACCAAUCGUAGAAGCUGAUGACGAAACAUUUCAUGAACUACGUAAAUUAGCUAAAGCUGGUUUAAAAUAUCGGGUAAAAGGAAUUUUUGAACGCCACAAGUCAUCAAUAUUAUCCCGCUUUAUUGGAUCUAGCGAUUCAGAAGAUGAAGAUUUUAUUACUGAUUAUGAAUCAGAUGAAAGUUCCAUUUUUCCAUUUGAUCAUUACUAUUCCUUUAUUGAUGACGUAUAUUUUGAUGAAUACUAUGAAGAUAUUGAUUCAGACUUUUAUCCACCAUCUGAUGAUGAAUUUCUUUUCGAUACACAAUCAUAUAUACCUCCAUUAACACGCAAUCAACAGAGACAUUUAAAUCCCGAUGAAGAAUUAACCACUGAAUCUAUUAAUAAUGGAUCCACAGCCAGGAAUUCUCAAAGACCUAGCACUAGACCAAAUAAUCGCCAAACAAGAUCAGCAACUCAGAGGCAAACCCAACAAAUUACUCCACAAAGGAGUAUUCGUCGUUCAUCCAGGAGACGUACACGAGGAAGGUCUAGGAACUAG